GGAAGCAGAGAACGCGAGCGAGGCAGCAGCCCGCAGCCCGCCCCCAGCACAUCCUCAGACGCGCAGACACUCGGCCAGGCGCUGGGCGAGGUGGAGGUGAAGGCGGGCGCGAGCGAACUCGGAGAGGGGCUCGCUCACUCCCAGGCGAUCCCAGCCGCCUCCGCCGCCCCGGCAGCAGCAACAGCAGCAGCACCAGCGGCUUCCUCCUUCAGACUGCCUUCUCGAGGCUAGCUAAACGGGUGUAGCCCUUGGGGGAGGAUCCCGCUAGGGGAACUCGGCGAGGGCAAGAGCCGGGCAGCCAGCCGCCUCCUACUCCGGCCGUGCGGCGGUGGGUGCCUCCGCCCUCGUGUGGGUCCCGGGUGCCGGGGGAUGUGUGUCAGUUUACGUCUCUGAGAUCACACAGCUGCCCGGGGGCAGUGUGAUGCCCGAGGCAAGUCUCGGCUUUUAUUUUUAUUCAAAUUUUUUUUUUACGCUUGGCUUUCGGGAAAUAUUCGUGAUGUUGUAGGAUAAAGGAAAUGAUACUUUGAGGAACUGGAGAGGACAUAGAUCCGUUUUGUUUUUAAGAGAGGAAACCCGUCCCCUCUUCCCGGUUUGCACCCUCUUGGCUGAUUUCAAGAGCGACCCUCUUCCUGGUGAGGUGGGGAUCCAGCAAGAAUAAAGGUGAAGACGGGCCGCCAGAACCCAGGAAGGAAACACUGACCAUCAGAAACCUCUGCAUAAGACACUGUAAGGAAGACAUAAGAGCGAGAAAACACAAAGACUUACAAUUACACAAGAAACCUACAAAUCCAGCUCUGGAGAGAGCCUCUUUCUCCAAAAUGGAUAUGUUGCCUCUCACCUGGGUUUUCUUAGCUCUCUACUUUUCAGGACGCGAAGUGAGAGGCCAACCAGACCCACCCUGUGGAGGCCGUUUGAAUUCCAAAGAUGCUGGCUACAUCACCUCCCCGGGCUACCCCCAGGACUACCCGUCCCACCAGAACUGCGAGUGGAUUGUUUAUGCCCCCGAACCCAACCAGAAGAUUGUCCUCAACUUCAACCCUCACUUUGAAAUCGAGAAGCAUGAUUGCAAGUAUGACUUCAUUGAGAUUCGAGAUGGAGACAGUGAAUCAGCAGACCUCCUGGGAAAGCACUGCGGGAACAUCGCUCCACCCACCAUCAUCUCCUCGGGCUCCGUUCUGUACAUCAAGUUCACCUCUGACUACGCCCGGCAGGGAGCAGGCUUCUCCCUGCGCUAUGAGAUCUUCAAGACAGGCUCUGAAGAUUGUUCAAAAAACUUCACAAGCCCCAAUGGGACCAUCGAAUCCCCUGGGUUCCCCGAGAAGUACCCGCACAACCUGGACUGCACCUUUACCAUCCUGGCCAAACCCAAGAUGGAGAUCGUCCUGCAAUUUCUGACCUUUGACCUGGAGCAUGACCCCUUGCAGGUGGGAGAGGGAGACUGCAAAUACGAUUGGCUGGACAUCUGGGACGGCAUUCCGCACGUUGGUCCCCUGAUUGGCAAAUACUGUGGGACCAAAACACCCUCUGAACUCCGUUCAUCGACUGGGAUCCUCUCUCUGACCUUUCACACAGACAUGGCGGUCGCCAAGGAUGGCUUCUCUGCACGAUACUACCUGGUCCACCAAGAACCGCUAGAGAACUUUCAGUGCAAUGUCCCUCUGGGAAUGGAGUCUGGCAGGAUUGCUAAUGAACAGAUCAGUGCCUCCUCUACCUACUCGGAUGGGAGGUGGAGACCUCAACAAAGCCGGCUCCAUGGCGACGACAAUGGCUGGACACCCAACUUGGAUUCCAACAAAGAAUAUCUUCAGGUGGACUUACACUUUCUAACCAUGCUCACGGCCAUUGCAACACAGGGAGCGAUUUCCAGGGAAACUCAGAAUGGCUAUUAUGUCAAAUCCUACAAGCUGGAAGUCAGCACUAAUGGUGAAGACUGGAUGGUAUACCGGCAUGGCAAAAACCACAAGGUAUUCCAAGCCAAUAACGAUGCAACAGAGGUGGUUUUGAACAAGCUGCACACACCGCUGCUGACAAGGUUCGUCCGGGUCCGCCCUCAGACCUGGCACUCGGGCAUCGCCCUCCGGCUCGAGCUCUUCGGCUGCCGGGUCACAGACGCCCCCUGCUCCAACAUGCUGGGGAUGCUCUCGGGCCUCAUCGCUGACUCCCAGAUCUCUGCCUCCUCCACCCGGGAGUACCUCUGGAGCCCCAGUGCCGCUCGCCUGGUCAGCAGCCGCUCGGGCUGGUUCCCUCGGAUCCCUCAGGCCCAGCCAGGUGAGGAGUGGCUUCAGGUGGACCUGGGAGCGCCCAAGACGGUGAAAGGCGUCAUCAUUCAGGGGGCCCGAGGAGGAGACAGCAUCACCGCCGUGGAAGCCCGGGCGUUUGUGCGCAAGUUCAAAGUCUCUUACAGCCUAAACGGCAAGGACUGGGAAUACAUCCAGGACCCCAGGACCCAGCAGCCGAAGCUGUUUGAAGGGAACAUGCACUACGACACCCCUGACAUCCGAAGGUUCGACCCCGUCCCUGCGCAGUACGUGCGGGUGUACCCCGAGAGGUGGUCACCAGCAGGAAUUGGGAUGCGGCUGGAGGUGCUUGGCUGUGACUGGACAGACGCAAAGCCCACGGUAGAGACGUUGGGACCCACUGUGAAGAGCGAAGAGACCACGACCCCAUAUCCUAUCGAUGAGGAGGCCACAGAGUGUGGAGAGAACUGCAGCUUUGAGGAUGACAAAGAUUUGCAGCUCCCUUCAGGAUUCAACUGCAACUUUGAUUUCCCUGAGGAGCCCUGUGGUUGGAUGUACGACCAUGCCAAGUGGCUCAGGAGCACAUGGACCAGCAGCACAAGCCCAAUCGACCGGACGUUUCCAGAUGACAGGAAUUUCUUGAGGCUGCAGAGUGAUGGCCGAAGAGAGGGCCAGUACGCGCGGCUCAUCAGCCCGCCGGUCCACCUGCCGCGGAGCCCCGUGUGCAUGGAGUUCCAGUACCAAGCCACGGGCGGCCGCGGGGUGGCGCUGCAGGUGCUGCGGGAAGCCAGCCAGGAGAGCAAGCUCCUCUGGGUCAUCCGCGAGGACCAGGGCGGCGAGUGGAAACACGGGCGGAUCAUCUUGCCCAGCUACGACAUGGAGUACCAGAUUGUGUUCGAGGGAGUCAUAAGAAAAGGCCAUUCCGGAGAAAUCGCCAUUGAUGACAUUCGGUUAAGCACUGACGUCCCGCUGGAGAACUGUAUGGAACCCAUCUCAGCUUUUGCAGGUGAGAAUUUUAAAGUGGACAUCCCAGAAAUACAUGGGAGAGAGGGCUAUGAAGAUGAAAUUGAUGAUGAGUACGAAGUGGACUGGAGCAACGCUUCUUCCGCAACUUCAGGGUCCAGUGCCCCUUCUGCCAACAAAGAAAAGAGCUGGCUCUACACACUGGAUCCCAUCCUCAUCACCAUUAUCGCCAUGAGCUCACUGGGCGUCCUCCUGGGGGCCACGUGUGCAGGGCUUCUGCUCUACUGCACCUGUUCCUACUCCGGCCUGAGCUCCCGCAGCUGCACCACGCUGGAGAACUACAACUUCGAGCUCUAUGACGGCCUAAAGCACAAAGUCAAGAUGAACCACCAGAAGUGCUGCUCAGAGGCAUGACGGAUUGCACCCGAAUCACACCUGACGUUUCAUUCCAGCAAGAGGGGCUAGUGAAGAUUACAGGUUUUUUUUUCCUUUGGAAACUGAAUGCCAUAAUCUCGAUCAAACCGAUCUAGAAUACCGAAGGUGUGGACAGGACAGACAGGCAAGUCUAGGGAUGGGGGGAGAUGCAGCCGCACUGGGGGUUAUGACCCACCAAAUACCGCGGUGGCCGAGUCAUUGCUGGGACAAAGACGGGAGCUCAUCUCUUUGGGGGUCACAGUUCUAUUUUGUUUGUGAGUUUGUUAUUAUUAUUAUUAUUAUUAUUAUAUUUUAUUUCUUUGGUCUGUGAGCAACUCAAAGAGGCAGAAGAGAAAGACUUUUCCAGUAUAGAAGCAGAGGGGUGAUCAUUAUCCUUUGCUUUCUCUUUCUAAUCAACACUUGAAAAGCAGAGUCUUUUCAGACUUUCCAUCUUUAGGAAAAAAACUAAAAAAAAAAAAAAAAAAAAGCCGUCCAGCUUAUCCUGUCCUCUGAUCCUCUCAUGACUGAUGAGAUUUGCUGGGCGUAGGCUCUGCCAGCUAACCCUACAAGCUGCCGUUUCCAGUCCUAGCGUUUAAGUAGGAUGUUGUUGCCUUUAACUUUUUUUAUCCAGGGGAAAAUUGCCAUUUUAGGGUCAGCAUGAACAGCUCUUUCUUAUAUGUGAUUUAAAACAAACCAGAAAGGAAACUACACAUGUCAAAAUCCAUAGAAAGCACCUCCAUGUUAGAAGUGGACAAGCCUUAACUUGCUUUGUGAAUAGGAGCCAUUCAGACCAGAAUUUAUGGCUGUGAGGCUACUUCGUGGGGCCUCUGGUGGUGGUUUUGCUUUUUCUUUUCCCCCCUCCUUGUUCUUCUGAGACAUGUACACACACACAGGUGCACACGUGUACACAUGUGCACACACACUCAUCCUUUGAUAUUCUCAAAGGUGGGGCGAGGAGAUACAGGCUACUGGUAUGUUUUCCCUGUCAGUGUGAGGGAACUUGUGCCCUAGGUGGGAAGGAAAACAGUGGAGAAGGAAGAAGUCCAAUAUCUGUGAUCAUGUGAUAGCAAAGGCUGAGCAGAUUGUACAGAGACAUUUUGAUGGGUUAGUCUCUCCGAUAAACUAGUAAACAUUGAUUUCUCCUUAGGGCUUACAGCCACCACCCUAUCCUUUCAGGAGAGUCAGAGCUAGGAUGGGUGGAAGUCUAACCAGAAGUCUGCAAGCUCUAUGAACCAAAACAUAACAACGCUGCUUGAACCCCAGAGAGACGAAUAUUCUUACACACACAUACACACACACACACACACCCCCAAGUUUAUGUGUUUUUAUUAAGUGCCUUGAAAAAGUAAAGAAAAAUGUAUUUUCCCUCUGUCAAAAUCAGUAAAUAUCAUACAAGUUAAGGCAUUCCCCCUCCCUAACCCCAAUGGCUCCACUCCCAGUUGCCCCACUUCACCGCUGAUCCUACUAAUGGAAUGAGCCCUGCUACCCAAGUGGUAGUCAUAGCCCUAGAUGACUCCCAACUACUCCAGAAGGGGAGGCAUCAGGAACAGAAUGAAACUGUGUGAAGGAUAAGAUUGUCCGCAUCAAGGUCCAAAUCUGAUUUUGUAGCAAUGCCUAAGGAUUGCCUGUGUGCUGGAAAUACAUUUGAAACCCAACCAGUGUGCCCAGCCUAUUGCAUAUCAGUGGUAAACUGUCUGACCAUUUUUGCUGCUAUGGUCACCCACAAUUUCAUUUGUCCAGGUGAAAGGGGAAGGGUGAAUGGGACUGGCAGUUUCCUUUAAAUGUUAGCUUAUGGAAAUGCUAGUUCAAAUGGUAAUGUCACAGUGUUUUGUAUGCAGAGAGGGAGAGUUCAUACCGACAGCUAUUUAUUCAUAUGUGUACGCGUCUUAGCCGCCUUUGCGUUCUCUGUAUCUACUGUGUAUGUGAAUGGUCACGUGGGACUCGGUGUUGUUGUUGUGACUUUGACUUUGACCUAGGGCCUGAGUUAACUGCUGAUCUCGGCGUUUGUUGGCACAGUGGUAGUUAGAGGUGAAAAGUAAAGCUGUCAAGCCCAAGGGCUUAGCUUUAGGCACCCCCUGAGCUGGGCAUACAACAGAAGGAAGUUUUUAAUUAGUCUACCCUCCUCUUCACUUUCCCAUGUAGCUCAGUGUUCAGGAAGCUAGCAAGUCCUAGGGAUUUCCAGAAGUAGCCUGCAGAAUAGAAGUUCAAAAAUCUACUCUGGGGGUCUGGCCAUCUCAUGCCCAGUGGGCCAUUUUGCAAUUCCCCAAAGACCAGCCCUGUCUCCAGCCUGCAGUUCACCUCUAAGUUAUGUACAACUCAACCUGCAUCCCUCUGUAUCCAUAGUCACCGUAGGCCCUGAAUGCUGAACAAAAAGCAGGCUACCCAAGGCUGCAUGUAGAUACCUCACCAACGCUGGAGGCUGGGCUCUUAUGACAUAGAAAGACAGUAGGGCCCAACUAUAUAACUUGGCCAGGGGGCACCCUGGUGCAGUUGUUGUCUAUCUGCAGGUAGACUGGCUGACCCAUCUCCUUAAGUCAUUCCCUUUGGGAAACCCAACUCACAGUAUUGAUCUCCUUUUUUGCCUUGUACUGAAUGACACAUUACCUCCACGCUCUCCCGGACUAGAUGGUCAACAGGGCCACAGGGUUGCUUUCUCUCUUAGGUGGGAAUGAGGAGUUGACAGAGAUGAGGGUCCAAGGAAUGAGCAUGAAUGGCAAGAAAACAAGGGGAAAAGUGAAACCAUCAUACAGAAGGUUAACUUUUCCAGGGUUUGCAGUUAAAGGUAUUCGACCAUUCGCUGGCUGAGCCAGAUCACGGGAACUUGAGAGCUUUUACUGUGAUUCUUCAAUGUAAAAAAUAAACAAACAACAAUGUCAAACUGUGUUUAUAUGAUUUGUAUAAAGCCUUUUUAAGAUUACUAUUUAAAUAAACAUUA